CACAUUUUCCAUGAAAGGCAAAAUCAAGUGGUAAAAAACUCGAUCUGUCCCACUUUUGGGGAGCAAUUUGCCUAGCAGGCUGAGCUGACAAGCACCAGUGUCAGAUUAGACGUUAAACACUUUGACAGGUAUUCCCAGCAUGUUCCACUGGGAGAAGUAAGAAUAACCUUGGAUACACUAAACAGUUCUGAAAGCAUGGAAUCCUGGGAAGAAUUACAGAAAGCAACCAAUUUAACCAAGGAUUUUCUGGAUAAAGCAAAAGACAAAAACAGCCACCAGCAGCUUGUUAGCCAGGCCUUACUGGGGAAAUCCGGACCUGGCAAUAUGAAUGAUCACUGGGAUUGUGUGAUGCAGUCUGUCCAACGGCCUGUUUCUAAGUGGCACUCACGGUUCGUUUAG